CCUAGACCUUAUCAAGAGUAUGGUUUGUCUGUAUGGCCCUGGUAGAGUACUUUUCUCGGCCGGGCCACACCUGGAAAGCUCUUGCAUACUUGCCGAAGCAGUCAAUGGCGUCUGAGGUGCAUGCACACACGGUGAUUGGUUAAACAAACUAUAUGCAUCGCCAUCCACGAUAAAGUACUUCGGCUACUUCCACGCCUGCGACCUGCAUUGGCUUGCUCCGAGAAGAAUGGCCCCGCCUAAAAGCGCUUCGACGCGUGCCCACUUUAGAGGGGCUGAAAAGGGCUUAGGUAGAACACCUACAAUGGAGCAAAGCGACGACGGCCACGUUCCUGCUCAAGGAAUGCCAGAAAUGGAUGCGACGGGCACUCUCGGCAAAUUUUCAUACAAGUUCGAGGAGAUGACCGCCAACGUUCCUCGCAAACAAAUGGAGAGAACCUUAUCCAGGUCACGGCGCCAAGCGUCCUUGAAAAGGACUUACAGCCAGUACAAUUUGGAAGUGCUCAACAAUACCUAUGACAUCAAAAGAGAGAACAUGAUGGGUAUCUACGGCCUGAUGGCUCGCCACAUCGACGUGCCGCUCUCCAUCUGGGAGCGACUGGCGCCGCUGGUGUCCAAGCUGCACCGUAACUCGCUGUUCGGCACGUCCAUGCUGCACCCCUACUCCCCUCUGGCGGUCUACUGGCGGCUGGCCAUGCUGCUGUUCGACCUCACCUUCACCGCCUUUUGGGUACCGCUGAACGUGGGGUUCUGCUACACCACGUACGGCGACUGGAGCCAGACCUGUACGAGAACGGAUCUGGCGGGAGGCAUCGUGUACGUGGUCAACUUGCUGCUGGGCUUUCAAAUGGGUGUCGUACUGUCCUCCGGAACCAAACGUGCCGUACUGAUGGACGGCCCCGAGGUGUCUCGCAUGUACAUCAUGUACGGCAAGUUUGUGAUGGACUUUCUGGCCUCCAUCCCCUUGUUCGUUCUGUUCUACGCCAUCUCCUCCCCCCACCUCAGCAACGCCGGGCGGCUGCUGGGGCUGCUGUCGCUGCUGCGGCUGGUGCGGCUCAUGCGGCUGGGCAACACGGUCAAGGUAGUGUACCAGGACUCGCUGUCCGGGCACUACCGCAUGUCCUGGGUGACCCAGCGUGUCAGUGUGUCGCACAUGUACCUCAUCAUACUGCUGUACCAGUUCCUGGUCAUCAUCAACCUCACCGCCUCCCUCAUGAUCCUGCUGGCAGCCUACUACGGCUACGAAACCACCUGGUAUGACAGCAUGAAGUGGGUCGACUUUAGAGGCGGAGGUGGUGGUGGAGAUGGUGGUGAGGCGAUGUCGCCGGCGGUGCUGUGGAUGCAUGCCAGCUACUGGGUGACUACCGUGCUCACCACCGCAGGUCAGGGUCAGGCGCCCCGGCGGUUGGGCGAGCAGAUCGUUUCCAACUUCUGUUCGGUGUACGGCAUGGUGUUCAACGGUCUGGUGGUUGGAGUGGUUGGACGAGCGCUCAUUCAGGCCUCCAACCACGCCACCGCGCUGUACUGCUCCCGCAAGGAGGUGGGGCGGGUGUCGUACUGGGCCCGCCUGCGUCACCUGCCCGCCAGCGUCAUGAAGGAGCUGCAGGUGUACUUUGCUGACACUGAGCUCUCGCGGCGCGACUUCAACUUUGAGCAGGGAGUGAUCGACGGACUGCCCUCCACUCUCCGGAAGCAGGUGGUACGGCACAUCGUACGGCCGUUGGUGGACAAGGUGCACAUCUUCUCCACCGCCGAGCCCGAGCUGCGGGACCUGCUGUCGGAGCUGUUCACACCCGUGGAGGUGCCGCCUGGCCACGACCUGUGCAUUCAGGGCACCCUGGCUGACCGGCUGUGGCUGCUGGAGUCGGGUGACGUGGUGGCGCUGCGGCACAAGGAGGCCAACACCAACCCCACCAACGGCAAUGUGGCGCUGCUGGGGGAGGGGGUGCUGCUGCGGGGCAUGAUGGAUGUGGCAUCCACUCGGCCCUGGACGCUGAGGACACGGAGCGCAUGCAGGUUGUGGGAGCUGCGGUGGGAGGAGCUGGAGCCGCUGCUGCGGGUGUACCCCCGCCUGAUCAACCACGCGUUGUGGGACAUCCGCGAUCGACUGAUCCGGGAGCUGGAGCGCAUCCCCCGCCGCGACACGUACUGGAAUGAGAUGGCGGCGGUGCUGGCUCGUAUCCUCAAGCAGCCCUCCCUUCUCGACUCGGCGGAUAAGAACCUAGAGGCCUUGGUUGGGGCCCACGACAACCCCUCCAUGGCCCUCCUCUUCUCCUCCUGGCUGGAAGCGGGCAUCAACACCACCCUGGAGCUGGGCGGGGGAGCCACGGGGCGCAGGAGGGGGCUGGUUACCAUGUCGCUCAUGUUGGCAAGGCAAUCCAAGGACGCGCUGGGCGCCUCCUCCUUCGUGCCCUUUGGCGGGGCCUGCCUUGCGGCGCCGUCACCUGCCCUGUCGUUCCAGUACGGCCGCGGUGGCGGCGGCGGCGGAAUACCCGGCUUGGGCGUGUCGAUGGCAGAUGUAGCGGCGAUGCUGGGGCAUGCACCUAGCGGCGGAGGCGGAGGUGACGGCAGCGUCGCCGGGCUGGAACGGCAGCGCUCGUCGCAGCUGAUUCCAGGUCAGGAGGCCUCCCAUGGCGGCGGCGGGAGCGGCGGCGGCAUGUGUGGCGGAGCGCUGACGUCGGGAGCAGCGGAGGCGGCGACGCUGGGCGUGAGCUCUGGCGGCGGCGGAGGCCUGGCAAGCAUGGGGAGCGGCGGCGGCGGUGGCGGUGGCACAGGGGAGAGGCCCUCAUGGUCUGCGACCGCUUCCGCCGCUGCCGCGGCACCUGGGGUGGCAGGCGGGACGAUGCAGCCGCCGCCGUUGGGUCUGGGUACGGCAAAUCGGCCGCCGCCGGCGCCGUCGCGUCUCUCCGUUGCCACAGAUGCGACUCACCUUCCGGAUCCCGCCGUCAACCCCUCUGGCGCCUCGCACUCUCAGUUGCCACAUUUCCCGCAUUACAACUUGCAGCAGCAGCAGCAGUACCACCACCAACAGCAACAGCCGUUUGGGGUCCUGGGCCCCUUCUCAGAGAGGAGGAAUGCUGUAGGUAAUGGCAGCGUCGGCGGCUUGCAUGGAUCUCACUCCGAGACCGAGGUAGCCUCCCUUCGCUGCGACAGCCUGACCCAGAUCGCACACACGACGUCAGCCUUUCGCUUCGUCGACGCCGGGGGAUCGCCGCUCGUACGCCGGCCCAAUCACCACCAGCCGGUGCUCCCAACGGUCCACUCGGUGUCGGCCGCGGAGGUAGACGACGGACCCAGUGACGGCGCCGCCGGUAGCACCGCCGCUGGCGGCACCGUCCUAAGCAACGCGGUAAUCAGCGCCGUCAUGGAAAACUUUGACUACUUUGCAGUGGCGGGCGAUGGGGAGGGAGCCUCAUCAACGCAGCAUCCGGCAGCAGGAUCAGCUAGGGCGGUGGCGGAAGCCACCGAGAUUACAGAAGCGUCGUCGUUGUCUGCCUACGAAACACGCGAAGCAGAUGGCGUUGCCGUACAAGAUCCUCGCCAGCUGCCUCGUCCGCCGUACUCUCCAUCGAUACGAGGAGGAGGAGCAGCAGCAGGAGGAGGGCACAGCAAUGUUCCCUCGGGGACAUACCGACAGCAGCCGUCAGCAGUGUUUCCCGGCAGCGGCGGCGGCGCCGCCGGCAGCCCUUCACAGCUACGUCCCCUGCCGCCCCUACCACCGCAUCCCUCGGCGUUUGCUGCCGCCGCCGACGUUGCGCGAUCCCCGUCUCUGCCGCCGGCAUGCAACGCCCCCGCCCUCUGCCCAACCUGUGGCAAAUGCACCUGCCCGGUGUGCCGUACUCGCACGCUGGCAGCGUCGAUGGCUCUCGACCAAGGCACCGCCGUCGUGGGGCCCCCCAUGCCGCUCGCCUCCAUGGCUGCCGCCGCCGCCGCCGCCGCUGCAACCACCGCUGCGGUACGACGGCCCUCCCUUGACCUCGCCAGUACCUCCAUCGGCAUGGGUUUCGGGCUGCGCAUGGGCAUGAUGUCAGCAGGCGGCGGCGAUACGACUGCGGGUACGACAGUUGGUGCGGGUACGGCAGCGGUGCGGCCUCCGGGGGCUCCCGCUGCCUGGGUUCGUGCCAGCAGCGGCGGCAGGCACCAUGGGGGAGGUCACCACCAUGGGCAUCAUCACGGCGGCCACAGCGGCGGCGGGCAUCAGCAUGAGACGUGGAUGCGACGCCGCAUGUCAAUCCGGGUUGACGGGUAGAUGGGAGGUGGUGGAGCAGCGGUAAUGAGAGGGAGGUGUUUGGAUAGGCUUGCUUGGGGGUGCGUGCGUGUGUGUGGGGGAGGGCUGAGUGAACUGCGUUUUUUGCUUGGUUUGCCGUACGUGGGGAGUGUAGCCAUUUUGAGCUAUCCGGUGUGUAGAGCGGUGUGUACUUCCAAUUGAUUCGUGCAUCCCGGUCAUUGGGUUUCGGGGGCAUGCAUGCAUAGGCUGAAUGCCGUCGACUAGAUGUGCGCUACUGUCUGCCGGACAGGCAACACUGCGAUUACGAGGUACUGUUCCUUUGGCGUGGGGACGAUGUCGACAACAUGCUCAAGACGGCCUUUCUAGAGCGGUUUGCUGCUUCUGCAGAUGUUGAUGAUGUUGAUGAUGCUGAUUGUGAUGAUGGUGAUGAGCUGUGGAGCUGCCUGCGCCAGCUGCCAACAGGGGAAGAGCGAGUUAGCUUCAUGUAUGGGUCCUGGUCCUGGCUGCGCUGCGCCUCUGCGCAAGGCUCUGGACGCGGAUUGGUAGACUACAUACGUGCCGGUAUGUACAACUGCCUCUUGCAGGGGGGCUUCCACAGCCGUCCAUGUCUACAGCCGUGUGUAGGGCACCGCAUGCACCGGGCAGCUGUUUAACAAGACGCGGAUGAGGACACAAUUCGUACGGUCAUUACGUAGAGGGUUUCAGUGCCAUCUCGUACAAAAGGGCAACACAAAAGGCGUACUGAGCCGUUGCUUGGCAAGAUGGCAACCCCUGAAAGCAGGAUCAUCGUACGUAGGAUUGUACCCUUCCAUG